UUGCACAAUCGAACUCAGGUGCAUAUAAACCUAACCUCAUUUUUUCCAAAACGAUGAAGAACUUAGAAUUGCUCGAGUUGGUGCAUAACGGGGCCCCCGGUCUCUUCACUAAUGUGACUCUAGUGUCUCAAACGCCCCAAUUUAUUUACUACAUCCGUGAUACUUCUUUACACAGUCAUGACCCAACAUGUGGUAAGACUGUUCAAUUGGGCCCCCCUGUUUUCGCCGAAGCGUCCCAAUUGAAAUUUCUGGUGAUUGAGAAUAAAAUCUGUGUUGUUGUCAAGACCGAUUUGUACAUAAUCGCCCCUCCGGAAAAAAUCAACAAAAUCCCAUUUAGGAAAGAAAUCAUUGAAAUCAGUUGGAACCCCACGGAGGAACUCGUCGCGAUUGUCUUCCACGAUGGCGAAAUCUCGACUUUUUGUGUCGACUACGAAAACGGCGAGGUUUUUCCCCAAGGUACAAGUAGCACCGAUGCGGGGAUCCCCGACACGGUUUACGUGGGUUGGGGGUCUAAAGAUACGCAAUUUCGGGGCUCCGAGGGCAGAAUCAAGGAUCAGCCACCGGUGGACACAAAACCGGUUUUUGACCAAAAACCCCGAAUUUCGUGGCGCGGAAACGGAGAAAUGUUCGUUGUGAACUACUGGAAGGACCAGAAAAGACAGUUUAUUGUUUUUGAGACGCCCUGUAGAGCGUUGUACCGGUCGGAGGAGUGUCCCGGGUUGCAGCCCCCAGUGGCGUGGAGGCCACUUGGGAACAUGAUAGCGGGGCUGUCGGUCACAAAUCGCCAAAAAAUCGUCAUUUUUGAAAAAAACGGCCAAAGGAGAUUUGAUUUUGACUUGACAUUUGACGUUAUGAUCAAAAACUUGAAAUGGAGUCCCUGUGCCCAGAUUUUUACCAUUCAUACUGUCUCACCCACCUGUCAAAGCAUCCAUUUAUUGACCUCAAGUAACUACAAAUGGUACGAGAAACAAGUGCUUGAAUUUCCCGCCGAAAAUCCUCUCAUUGAUUUCGAUUGGUUGGAAACCAACCAAUUACAAGUGAUCACACAAAAUGAAAUAAUAAAUUACACGUUUCGUAGCAUUGUUAAUCACAAUUCGGCCGGAAUUUGUGGGGUUAUUGAUGGGAAAAAUGUGAAUUUGACUGAUUUCAAAAACGCGGUGAUUCCCCCGAUUUCCCACGCCCGAAGUUUCACGAACGACAAACAAAUUAAUUUCGUUACGUUUCGUGAUGAUUUAAUUGUGACAGUUGACUGUGAUAAUUGUCUGAAAGUUUUCAAUGUUGGUAACCCUGACACGGUUUUGGUAACAAUUGAUUUGAAAAAAAUAGUGGAUUUGCCACAAUUUCCCUUAUCUUGUCAUCAUUUCUUACUCGACGAAAAAAUCUAUUUUGCAAUUUCCUCUAAUGAAACGGUUUUUUACUCCUUAGAUUUGAAAAAUCCCCAACCGGAUUUCGUAACCUCAAUUACUGAUAAUUUCAGACAUUUAUUGGUGAUAAGUCGGGAUUAUGACAACAUUUCCGGUUUAAAGCCACUCGGAAGUAACUUAUUCAUCAACACAAAUGACUCAAUUCUUUGCCAAAUUAAAAUAAUCGGGGACAAAACCCACUUUUGCAACCUAACCUCAAAUUUCCAUUUUUACCUCAACGAGAAUAAAAUCAGCGAUUGUGUUAAUUCUUUCACGAUUUUCGACUCGUAUUUACUCUACACUACUAAAUUAAAUGAGUUGUUUUGUCUCAGAUUGGGUCAAGGGGGUGAAAAUUACCGGCGAAGUGUCGAACAGGGGGCUACAAUCGUGACUGCGGUCCCACAAUCGUCUCAAAUCGUUUUGCAAUUACCUCGAGGGAAUUUAGAAACGAUUUCUUGUCGUUUAAUCUCGAUCGACAUCCUCGAUAAAUUAUUAAACGACCAAAAAUGGGACCAAGCAGUGCGUUUUAUUCGUUUGGAAAAAUUAAACGCAAAUUUGUUAUUCGAUUUAAAUCCGGACCGGUUUUUGGGACAAAUCGACCAGUUUGUGCGGGGGGUUCACACGAUAAAUGAACUAAACGCGAUUUGUUUGGAAUUUGAGGGGGGGAACGUCCUCAACUCGAUUUACAAAAAUUGGGGGAAAGCCAGCGAAUUUCCCGAGAAAAUUUCAACGAUUUUCACAAACUUAUUUAAAUAUUUUGAUAGUGUCGAUUAUUCCGUUUAUAUCACUACAAUAGUGGCAAUAAAUUUGAAUUUUUUCACAGUCAGAGACGCCUUGAUUUAUUUACAAGACUUGUACAGGCGUACCAACCUAAAAGAAAGGCUUUUAAGCGCCAUUAACACUUUGAAAAUUUACGGAUGCGACCACGAAAAACUAUAUACAGAGUGUUUGUUGUUGUAUGAUUUAGAUUUGGCUCGUUUUAUUGCCAGUUGUUGUCAAUUAGAUCCCCGUGUUUAUGAGCCCCAUUUGAGACAAUUAAACGGUUUAACCGAAGUUGAAAAACGCUACGAGAUUAAUUUAUUUGCGAAAAAACCCAAAACUACCAUUAUUUAUCUUUUGCGGUGCCCCAAAACCACCCCAAGUGACAUUUUAACCUUCAUUAAAACACAUAAUGUGAGUCGAGAAGCCUUCGAGACUUGUCCACCACAAAACCGAUUUUACCAAAUUGUAACUCGAGCUUUUGCGAGUGAUUUGAGUUCGAAAGGGUGUCACAACGAAGCUGGGGUUAUCCUAAAAAGAGCGGGUUUAUUAGAGGAGGCUUUGACCGAAUUUCAACUGUCUUUAAAUUGGCCCCAAGUUUUGAAUAUUCUCCAACACUUGGGCGUUGAUAAAGUCGAAAAAAUGACAAUUGUGAGUGAUUUAGCCACGCGUUUGGUAUCAAGUAAUGUCCGACAAGCCGCCAUUUUGUUCGAGUUUUAUGCAAACAACUACGAAAUGGCGGUUAAAGUCCUCAUCGAGGGUUGUUUCUUCGAGGAGGCGAUUCAUAUUGCGACAAAACACAAUCGGGGUGAUAUUAUAGUCUCGGAUGUUAUUCCGAUGCUAAUCAAGCAUAAAAUAUACUUGGAGGAGAAAUUACAAAUUUUAAAUGACAGUUACAAGAAAUACAAACAAAGGUUGGCUCAAGUCAGACAACUGAAAUUUAAUAAGUUUAAUAAUGAUUUGGAGGAUUGUGACGACCGGGAUGACCUUUUUUCCGACGCUGGGAGCACUAUUUCGAAAUCUUCAAGGUCAUCGAGGUCGCGAUCUUCAACCUUGUCAUCGAGAAAUCGACGAAAAGAGGAAAAAAAGAAGCAAGAUCUUCGCGAAGGCGGGAUUUAUGAAGAUAUAGCCUUGAUUCGAGCCCUCCAUGUGACCAUUAAAGAGUUUUAUAAUAAAGGUGAAGAAGUGCGAAAUUGUUGCAUUUUAUUAUUACAAGAGAGCGACGUUUCGUACAAUGAAAUCAAAAAAAUGCAUGAUUUUUACUGGAAAUUUGACUCGGAGAUUCAAAAUGGCGUCGCGGAAAUAUGGCCGCCGCAUUUUUAUAAAAAUUGUCAAAGUUUGGACGUGAGGGAAUUGGCCGAUUUGGAGAAUUUUGAACAUUUAGAUCUUGAGUUUCGGACGCCUCCCGGGGGGCGAACCACCUGGAAAUUGAAUAUUUUCUAAUAACUUUCAAAUUUGGCGCCACUGUCAAAUGCGUUGCCAAAUGUGACUGUAUUUUUUGUAUUCUGUAAAUAAACUAAAUAAAUUAAA